CCCCCGUCCUCGCUGUCCCCGUCCCCCCCGGCGCGGUGGAAAAUCAAACAGGUCUGAUAAGAACCUUCCUCCGGCGGGGGGGGCCCCAAAGUGCCUCCGGAACUGGGGCCAUAAAGCGCAGGGAAGCGACAGGAGCCUGUUUGCUCUAUGGGCCGGGGGGGCCCCCGGGGCUCCGCACCCCCCAUCGACACCCCCCCCUUCGACCCCAGCCCCUACUCAGGGUGCGAUCGGGGGGGUGCAGCCCCCCCUUGUGUCCCCUAUGGGGGGGCACAUGCGGACCCCGCCCCCCCGGGCUGAGCCAUCCGGUGACCUUUGGAAGCAGCUGUUUGCUGUUCCCGGCAGGAAUGGGGCAGGAAGCACUCGGCUAUGGGGGGGGGGGGGGCACCGCACCCGGUCGCCCCCCCCCCCCGGCUUUGGGGCCAUCUGUGCGGUGACACCGCGGGGCUGGUGCCAGGUCACUGCGGUGGGACAUGGGGUUGGUGUGUGCCCCCCGGCUCGCAGCACAGGGACCAGCGUCCGUGUGUCCUGUCGUGUGCCAUUGCCAUGUGCCACGUGCCAUGGUUGUGUGCGGCUGUGCCCGUGUGCCAUGUGUGUGUGCUGUGCAUGUCGUGCCUGACUGUCACAUCCGUGUCUGUGUGCCGUGGUUGUGUCACAUCCAUGUGCCGAUGCCAUGUGUCACAUGCCCUGUGUGCUCUGGCUGCACGUUACAUCCGUGUCCGUGUGCCAUGGUUGCAUGUCACUGCUGUGCCCAUGCCUGUGUGCCACGUGCCAUGGCUGUGUGCUGCCGUGUCCCUUGGGCCAUGCCCGCUCAUCACAUCCAUGUCCAUGUGCCAUGUCCAUGUGCCACAUGCCAUGUCUGUGUCCUGUAUCCGUGUGCCAUGCCUGUGUGCCACAUGCCAUGGUUGUGUGCUGCUGUGUCCCGUGUGCCAUGUGCGCGUCCCAUGCCUGUGUGCUGUGUCCAUGUGCCAUGGUUACAUGCCACAUCCGUGUCCCAUGUUUGCAUGCCAUGGUUGUGGGUCACAUCCACAUCCAUGUGCCGCUGUGCCCGCCUGUCACAUCCAUGUCCAUGUGCCACAUGCGGUGCCCAUGGCCUCGCUGUGCCCCCGUGCCCUGUGCCUGUCCCCAGCCCCCGGGGCUCCCACUGUGGGGCUCAGCGGGGACACGGGGCUGUGACGUGUGCGGGGGGGUCCGGCCGUGCCCGUGGGUUGGUGUUGGGGGGGGGGAGGAGGCGGUGCCCCCCCUCGAGGCCAUAAAAUGGGGCCGGUGCAGGAGCCGCCGUGUCCCGGUGCUGUCACGUCCCACCACCGUGAGUGCAGGGACAGGGCUUGGGGGGCUGGUGACAUGGGGGGUCCUUGGGGGGGUCCUUUGGGGCGGGAGACCCCCGUUGGGGACACUCGGGGGGGACUUGGGAGGGAGAUGUUCUGUGGGACAUGGGGGGGGAUGUCACUUGGGGUGUGACAUGGGGACAGGGUGACAGGGGUAGCUGCAUGGGCUUCUGGGGGUGCUCUGGGUUGGGGGUGAUGGGGAGAUGGGGGUGAUGCGGUGACGGGGGUACCAGUGUCCCGGUCCCUCGCAGAUGGUGAUGUCCCCGAGGCGGUGGCCCUGGCUGGGGGCCGUGGCGCUCUGUGUCCUGCUGGGCCUGGCCCCGCUGGUGGCCGCGUACCCCCCGAAGCCCCCGAGCCCCGGCGACGAUGCGUCCCCCGAGGAGGUGGCCAAGUACUUCUCGGCCCUUCGGCACUACAUCAACCUGGUGACAAGGCAGAGGUAUGGGAAACGUGCCGAGGCCUUGGUGUCAGGGCUGCUCCUGGGCACCAGCACUGGCAGAUCAUGGUACAAUGAUGACUCCAUGUGGUGACCCCCCCUCACCCCCCAAAUCCUCCCUGUGUCUCCCCCGGGGAUCUGCCGCGGGGGGGGGGCCCGGGGAGCCCCCAGAGGCCGAACCGGGGGGUCCCGCUGCCGGGGGGCCCUGCCCUGACCCCGUCCUCCCCCUCCCGUUGUUGGGGGGGUCCCGCACUGCCCCGCAAUGGCAAUAAAGAGACGAUCGUGA